AUGUUGUCCUCUCCUCCGAGAGUGGGGACUCGUAUCUCUUCAGCAAAGACAGCCACCUGGAACGAGCAGGCUGCUUUACUGGGGACCUUGCUUGAGCUAGUGGCGUGCGCUAUGAACAGCAGUACUAAAACUGCAGAUCCAGAUUUUGUGUCUGAGAUACUCGAGACUUUGCUGUCCUCUUGGAACGGGGUCGCCCCCACCAUCCAGAAGAAAGGCGACGGACAGGACCUGGCAUUCUCCUCGCACUGUCUUAUUCCCUGUUUGCAUCUGCUUGACAUUCUAGCCAGACCACAGUCGAGCCAUAGAUCCUUUGUCCGAUCAAGAAAUGCACUCGAGCGCCUGCUAGCGUUACAUGUGGUCUUUCCCCUGCGAACGAUAUUCAACGAACAAUUCACCAAAAAAUGGAGAGCCACAGCAGAGGUUUUACUUUUCGAACAGAUAGAAACCCUGCUGAAGGCCUAUAGCAAUCUCCUUCCUCUCAUCGCGAGUGGGCUUUCCCAGCAGCUGGAGGGUAUUGGUGUACCAAGCAUUCAGGAACUUUCGUGGAUUAUCCUUGAUAUAGCUGCGCGUUCAAUGCCCUUCUCAGACUUCCGCAGGAGACAGCUGGAACAACCAUAUGUCGACUCCUUAUUCAUUUGGCUUGUUCACAUCAGUUGGCCUCACAUUCCUCAUAUUACUUCGACUGGAGUCUUGCAACAGCCACUUCCCAUCGGCUCAACUCCCGGACGUGAGCAUAAAUGGGCGUCAUCGUUCGAACGUCUGAUCGAUGUUGCCCAUGCAAGAAAGCUACAACUCAGUCCGCCGAUAAUCGCUUACAUCCUACGGGCCGUGUUGUCAAUGGACACCGAAUCAGUUCCCUGGAGCCUCUUGGUCAAGAUUAUUUCACUGGAUGUGAAUAUCUUAGUGUCAAAUUCUGGCCUGUUCACUUCCAAGGACUUCUUGGAUCAACUCUUGGAACGGAUUGAGUCAAGUACUGUCUCUCAACGUGCGUAUGCUCUGGUACGAGAUCAAAUUGUCCGUCCCUUACUCCGCGGCUUCGCUCGCUCAAGGGACCUGGAUAGCUUUAUCACUAGCUGGCAACGAAUGCUGGCAGAUGCAAUGCGAGUUCGUUAUACCUUAAGCCGUGAUCGAGAAGACAUCCCCGCCGUGCUGGCUUGGGAAGACGAAGACGUUUUCAACGAAUUCAAAACUCUCAUUGCAGUCUACGCGCCACCAAACAUGGGUCAGCGAAUGCUCAAAUGUCUAGCUGAGCCGAUCGCAAAGAUUGGAGAGAAGAUCGGUUCUACAGCCGAUGUUUUUGCAAGAUUAGCCAUCUUUUGCGCAAUCUUGGAAAGCACGUUACCUGAGGCCGGAAACGUCGGAUUCGACCACCAACAACUGGCCGACCUACUCCUCGGGGCAAUGAACGCUCUGUCUCGAAAUUCCGAUUAUCAGGGUCAGCGCUGGAGGUUGAGGAAGCUAAUUGGACUUCUGGUAGAGCUGAUGGGCAUGAAAGCUCUGCCAGUCAAGUUCGACUCUCUGCUGGAGUCCACCUAUCACUUUGUGUCGCUAAAGGAUAUUCCGAAGUCCAAUGACAAUGUCGCUAGCAGGCAGGUUGCUAUGUAUCUCGAAUGUCUCGAGUGUUUCUCCCUCCUUGUCCAGCUGGCUGCAAAAUCGAGCCAAUACCAGCCGAGACUGGAAGCGGAAAUGAGUCAUCUGGCAGAUCUUAUGCAGACCCUCGAUGGACACUGCGUGACUUUGUGGGAUGGACGUAGCUCCAACUGCGACAGCGCCCAUAAAUUGGUGGCUGCAUGUGUCGGCAGGUUAUUGCAAAGAUCGGAGACAAUCUCAAUGUACCCCGAAAGCUUCAAGGUCUUCAUUCACGCCUGCCUAGAAAAUGUCUUUCGACCUUGGCCGCCAGAUUCAGCCGUGGAUUCUUCACCAGAGUUGCGUGAUCUCUUACUAGCUGUGUUGCAAGUUGAGCAAAUUCCCCGUGCUCCCGAUCUGCAGCUGUUGGUUUUCGAGUACGUGGACAAGAAUCUGUGGUCGACUAGCAGACGCAGAAAGGUUUGUCUGAGUCUCCUGCACUAUCUCUCUAUGGAUACCAUGAGCAAGCCAGCAAUAAAGAGCUUUGUGACUUCAACACUCCGUCACCUUUUUGAGGAGCGCGAGCACGCAAAAAUGGAGGUUGUUUCAGAUGACUUGUGCCUAUUGGCUUACUUGGAUUCGACUUUCCAUGGUGCAUUCAUUGACAGCAGGUAUUGGCGCAAUUGGAUUGACUUCGCCGCGGAAGUACUCGAUUGGAAAUAUCGAGAGUCCUCGCAAACAAAGGUCAUGAACAAGCCAACAUAUGUGUCAUCAUAUAUGAUGGUUGUACGAAUGAUGGACCGCGUCUUCCAGACAAUCGCGCCGCGAGCUCUGGCUGUUUCGAAGCCCACAACGACAGAAAUUCUGGCUUACAUGGUAGCAACAGUCCAGAAGUUGGCGACGGGUGGUGAGGACUGUGUCCCACUCUCCUGCUUGCGAAUCUUUCUUGAAUGUUCAUACCAGUUGGGCAGCGCAAUGGACAGUGGCAAUCAACGUAAGGAUGUUGGAUUCUUGCAAGCAUUUCUUGCAAGGCGUGUGAAAGCGGAAUCCGACCAAGCUCUUUCCGAUAUACUAAAUCACGCAAACCUCCUCAGACUGCAGCUAAUUGUUGACGCCGUUCAGUGCCUUAGCAAAGGCGGCCUGAAGGAUGAGUUGCGACAUAUCACCUCCUCUAUUCAGGAUAAGAUUGCGCACGCAGAGGGAGUCGCUGGGAAGGAAUAUGCCGACAAGCAACUUCGGCGAAUGAAGCUUUCCCUUCGACAACACAUCCAAUCUACUCUGCCCGAGAAACAGCACGUCCAAGAGCUGGCUUCCUUAAUCACCCCUCUAGACAAUUACACGAACGAGGGAAUUGCAGCUCUUGCUGCCGAGGCAGAGCAAUUUGUUUGCCAGCUUGAACCUGCCAAGUGGUCCGUGGCGCUUGAGUUUCUUCGCAAGAGUGAUCAAAUGGAGUAUCAGCCAGCAUGCCCUAUUAUUUCGGCUUGCAUCUUAGUACGUAUCAAGAUGCAAGAAAUAUUACAAUACCCGAACCUGGCCCGGGACUUAGCAGAGAUCGCUUGUGUGGCCAACACGUCUGCACGGGUGGGCACUACCGGACUAUUCCUUGCCUUGGAAAACUGCAAUACUGUGCUCCAACUUCAUCCACUAGUGGUAAACCAAUCGAUCCUAGAUCGGUUGCUCGCAUCUAUACACGCCGCGGCCUCAGCCGGAUCCCACAGCGUGCGAUCACUGAAGACCAGCAAUUCAGAAUGGGAACCACGAUCAGCCGACAUUUAUCAACGAAUUUGUAUAGUCAUCGGCGCUAUCCUUGGAAGACACCGAAGACGCCUCACUGAUCGUUAUCAUCUGUUGCUUCCGAUUUUGCAGUGUCUUCUGCGAUGUCUGUUUUGGCCCGGGCAUAAAGCGCUGGAAAGCCAACGAGGGGCCACAGCCAAUGCAAUCAAUGCUUUCGGAAUGUCGCUGCCCAAAUGGCUACACGAAUCUGCAGAGCCCCUACCACUGUCCUCGGCUGAGCAAUUUUCUCGCUUAUUGUCGUCAAUCUGCAAUCCCACGGUGGCAGCUGCACGAUCAUCAAGUAAGGGCGGGCACAACGAGCUUAAUGACGCAGUGAACCGAGCUCGAAAACUGGCAGGCCAACACAUGCAGUAUCUAAUCAUGGAAUAUUGCCGAUGUGUUCUUGAUGGCCAGAUAUCCCCGUCGAUGAAGGAUCACUUGCUGCCUGGUAUGUACAGGAUCAUGGAUGCGCUCGACAGAGAUGUGAUGAGGGCAAUGAAUGCAGGCCUAGAUCCAAGUAGCAGAACUAUCUUCAAAGGGCUGUACGACAGCUGGACACAAUUUGGCAGGUGGGACAAGAGUUAG